AUGUACUUUGGUAAGCUUGUGAUUGUAGGUGAUGAACAAGCAAUGUUGAUAAGUCAUCUCUCAUCCUUUAGUUAUAUUGAUGCUGAGGUAGUUGUUGGAAUUCUGUUCCAAACUUUUUUUUUGUUGAUGAUUUCUUCUUUGAAAGAUGCGCAACAAGUGGUGCAACAUGGUCUUAUUGAAGGACGAGGACAUAUUAUGAAUCUCCCAGAGAACAAGCACUUUGUUGGUCUAGGGUUUUCUCUCAAGUCAGGAAAAACUGUGAAGCAUGAGGUUAUUUUUCGCCCGAUUCAAGAGAUCUUUCAUAGUGGAGGCUUCAUUCAUCCAACUUCUCCAGAAGUUGACGCAGUUACUAAAGAUGAUUCAGAUCUGGAUUGGCCAAACUUUAUGACACAUGGAGGGACUAGUCAGAACUGGAUUGUUGUUGAUAUUCCCAUUGUUGUUCACGUUUCGAAGUAA